AUGGCUGGUCCAGGUGGCGGUCCUCCUCGUCGCAGCCACACCAAGUCUCGUAAGGGCUGUGAUACAUGCAAGCGCAGACAUAUUCGCUGUGAUGAGAACUUCCCCCAAUGCCGUAAUUGCACCAAGCACAAGAUUCGCUGCCCGUACAACGACGUCCAGGUCACUGAUACCAAACGCUCCGCCACUCCUGAGAAGCCUGACUUGAUGUGGACUCCGGAGAUUGAGGCCUCCAUUGCUGACUGGAAGCGGACUGGUAUCUUUCCCUUCCCAGCUUUGGAUGUGUAUCCUGCGAUUGUGCCUAGCCACUACAAUGAUCAAGACUUGCGUCUGAUUCACCAUGUGGCUUCCUUGUACGACACCUUGGCUGCAAUGGACGCGAACAACUUCACUCUGUGGACUCGUCACAUCCCGACUUUGUUGCGAAUUGGUGCUACCACACCCUAUGUGAUGCACGCCCUCCUUGCAUUCUCUGCCAUGCAUAUUGCCUUCCUCACCGACUGCCCCGUUGUCGGCGGAGAGGCAUUUAUUCAUCGCGGCAAGGCUUUGAAUGGUCUUCAGGAGGCUAUCAGCUCCUUCUCUCGUGAAACCUCUGACGCAGUGCUUGCAGCAUCUCUGGUACUAUCUUGGCAGGCUACCGAUUGGUCUGGAUGGAUUCAACUCAUGCAGGGCACUUCGACUGUCAUGGAUGCAAUGGAAUCUUGGAAGCACGAGUCUCAGUUUGUGGACUUCAUCGCCGAGAGCAGCACGUUUCCCACUGCUCCCUCUUCCCCUGGCGCAGACAACAAUCCCAGCCAGCCAGGCAAGGAGGACCUCGAGGCAUUCCAGCGGACCCUGGAGCAGAUCCAGAAGGUUGAGGCUCACCUGAAGAACCAGGAAUUGGACACGACUCAGAUUCAGAACUUGGCAAGCUUCCUCAAAGGCUCCCGCAAGAUAAGCCACAGCCUUCCGAUUCACCAGCAGUUUGAGCGCCUCCGCUCUUUGAGGGAUUGGCUGUUCUGGAUGCCCGUUGCAUAUCUUCAGAACUACUCGUGCUCUGCCAAUUCUCUGGUUGCCAUCGCUCACCUGUAUUCGGUUGCUGUCUUGAUGGAGCGCAUGUUCCCCGAGAUUGGCUCUGCCUACUUCGGAAGCCUUUCGCUCAUGCCCAUCGAGGAGAUCGCUCGGAGGUUGAUGUCCAUCUGUGUUUCCAGUGGAGCCGACGAGGGCGCUGCCUUGAAGCUCAUGGAGUUUCCCAUCGACGUUGUUGGAGAGUUCCGCUCGCGCAUGGGCUGGGUUCAACCUGAGAGGACUCGUUCGUUCCCUCAGUUCAACCCUCCCAACUUCCCAGUGUACAACGAUGUGCCUCAGUACGAGACUAGCCCCUACAGUCUCUAUGCCAGCCCGGCCCUGAGCUACAGCACUGAGGAAAUGCCGAUGCUCAACACUUCGGUCCCUCCAACCCACAGCCCUGCGGUGUCGAUGUCCAUUCCGUCUCCAUAUGCAAGCCAUCAGUACCUGAGUGCGCCAUCUCCCAUGUAUGCUGGUGCCUACAGCCCUGCAUCAUCCACGUUUGAAGGAUCUAUCGCCUACAGCGACAGUGAAGAGUACCAGGCUUUUGGCCUGAGUAGUAUGGCUGCUGGACAGUCUCCUAUUUUCAGCGAUGUUCAGCCGAGCUAUGGCGCCGGGUUCGUCUCUCCUAUCCAGCCCGUGUGGAUCUAG